GUUGCCGAUGUUUCAGCUCAUUCGUUUCUUGGAGAAAUGUUUGUUGGGAUUGGUAUGAAUGAGAACUAUCUGCUCUCUUUGAUUUACGUCUUCUGCCGUGUUCUCACAUAGGCAGUUUCUCCUUCCCGCUGCUGUGGUGGAAAACAUCGUCCUCGAAGAAUAAGCUAACACCUGUUGGUCUAGUCGUAACUUUUAGGAUGUCCGUCAAGUUAUUUGCUGCCCUGCUUGCAUGCUCGGUGUCUUUGGCAUCAUAUGCUGACGCUUUGGCAGUUAUGUCUGUAGAUUUCGGGAGCGAGUAUCUUAAAAUUGCAAUUGUGACGCCUGGUGCGCCAAUGGAAAUCGUGCUGAACAAAGAAUCGAGACGGAAAACUGCUAACAUUAUCUCCCUCAGAGAUGGAGAGAGGCAGAUAGGAGAUCCUGCUAUGACGAUCGCUGUUCGUUUCCCCCAGUAUGCUUAUCGGUACGUGCUUCACAUCCUCGGUCAGAAAUUUGAGAGUCCUGCGGUGGAAGUGUACAGAGCCCGCUUUCCCCAUCACAAGCUUUUAAAAGAUGAGGUGCGUGGCACAGCAUGUUUGCAGUACAGUGACAUGGAGACCUAUUGUGUGGAAGAACUCAUUGCAAUGAUGCUCAACAAUUCCCGCGAGACGGCACAGAAGGGUGCUGAGCAGCCCGUGAAGGAUAUCGUCAUUACCGUACCAGCGUUCUUUGGCCAGGCCGAGCGACGUGCAAUGCUGUACUCUGCCAAGCUGGCUGGCCUGAAUGUUCUGCAGUUGAUCAAUUCCAACGUGGGUGUCGCGCUCAACUACGGCCUCUUCCAUCGUGACACGAUCAACGAGACCGAGAGAACGCUGAUGUUCUUUGACAUGGGCGCGGCGAACACAUUCGCCACUAUCGUUUCCUACAAAACGGUGCGAGAACCCAUGCAUGGUAUUAUGGAGAUGAUUCCCUACUUGACAGUAAGAGGUGUCGGCUUUGAUCGCAAUCUCGGUGGCCUGGAAAUGGACAUGCGUCUGCGGGAUCACCUUGCCGACAAGUUUGACGCGCAAAAGAAAGUCGCGGAGAGCGUGCGUUCAUCUCCACGCGCCAUGGCUAAGCUGCUGAAAGAGGCCAAUCGCGUUAAGCAGGUUCUCAGUGCCAACACGGAGCACUCGGCGCAGAUCGAGGGCCUGCUGCCUGAUAUUGACUUCCGCACCAAGGUGACACGCGGUGACUUUGAGCGGUUGUGUGCCGACGUGUUUGAUCGUGUUCAGGCCCCGAUUGAGCAGGCGCUGCGAGCAGCGGAGAUGUCUGCAUCGCAGCUGGAACAGGUGAUCAUUGUCGGCGGGGCGUCGCGCGUUCCCAGAGUGCAAAAGCUGGUCAUGGAUGCAGUGAAGAUGUCUGAGCUUGGCAAGUCGGUGAACAGUGAUGAAGCCGCUGCACUGGGUGCUUCAUUUGCGGCCGGUGCCAUGACCAAGGGCUUCCGCACCAAGAAAUUUGGUGUGCGAGACCUCAACAUCCAUCCCGUAGAUAUAUCCUAUGAUCGUGUGCUAGAAGAUGGCUCAAGCAAGCACGUACAGCGGGUUCUAUGCAGUCGCUACACAGUGAUUCCGCAGAAGAAGAUCAUGACAUUCAACAAGUUCCACGACGAUUUCAGCUUCAGUCUAGAUUAUGGUGACUUAUCCCACUUGGCCAGUAGCCACGUUCUACAGCUUGGAUCGAGAAACUUGACCACUGUGACAGUUACUGGCCUAAAGAAACUUGUCGACACGCAUGGUGUGGACAAUUUUAAAAGCGUGAAGGCACAUUUCAGCCUCGACGUGAGCGGCAUAUUGUUUGUGGAGAGAGUCGAGGCGCUGUUUACCCAGCCGCCGGAGAACGCUACGAAGCAGGCUGCAGACGACAGCGAGCCGGUUGUGAAACAACACGACCUUUCCUAUAAGGUCACUCGUCGAGACAUCUCGCCCAUGCCUAAAUCUAGCACUGCAGCGUCCAGUAAGCGUCUGCGUCGGCUCGCCGCUCUGGACGCGGAGAGAGAACGGAUCGGUAUGGCACGCAACACUCUUGAGACGCAAAUCAUCGACCUGCAGAGUGACAUGCACUGUACGAAGGAAGGCGAUGACUGUAGUCGCCUUUCUCAGAAAGUCUCUGACAUGUCAGAUUGGCUUUAUGGCGAGGGCAGUAAUGCUGAUCUGGACACCCUACAGCAGAAGCUCAAGAAGUUAAAAAGAAUUGCAAAUAAGGCAAAGGCGAACAAAUGAUGUAUGUGUUCACCACCGAUUAGGCCUAGACGUUGUUUCAAUUCACUUUCAAAUUUCACGAAUGCCGUGAAGAGACCAUUGAAUGAGGAUUUCUCCGGAUUUACAAACUUCAUUUAAAAAUCAAUCGCCACUGUUUUAGUGGUCAAUUCUGUCACGGAUAUGAUCAAACUCUAGAUCAUUGUAGAUCAUUUUUGAAUUCUUUUGGUGUUGAUCGCCGCUAUCUCCCACACCUUUCUGAGUAUUGUAAUUAUUGUGUAUGUCGGCAUUGUCACAUGCAGGUCAUGCGGCAGUGAUGUGACUAUUGGAGAACUGUCCACUUGAUGCUUUCCUCAAAUAGCUGAGUAUUUAUUUUGUCUUGCCUGCCACCUCCCCUUCUUUAGGUGGUGUUCCGCGUUGAGUUCUCUCCUUAUUUAAGUGUGUAAUUUAAAUCAAUUUAGCUAGCAUCCUCUCUUCAGUCCUGUUCUCUGAUCAUGAUAAUCGUGAUUGCUCAUCUGCUGGGUGUGUGUCACCAUGUCA